UUUUAUGAGAAAGGAGGCUGACAGACGUUCGAACCACAGAGUAAAAAUAAUAACAUCAAAUAAAUGCACUCGGUUGUAAAUCAUCUUGGAACGUUGUCAUGGUGACGUAACGUGUGGCGGCAAAGUGCGGGUCCCAUGUUGAGCCUUCAACGGAAUUCAAACCGAGCCAUUUAGCGGCGGAAGUCAGUUGGAUCCCGGAGGUUUCAGGCUCGAAGACCGCAAACGAACAAACCAGCCAGUCGAGUCUGAACUUGUUUCAGCCGCUGCCACGUUAAUGCCGCCUCAAUCGUUGAAAUAACUGCAGCGCCGUUCGGAGGCGUCGGGGUGAACUUCUUCCGCGCUCACGUUACGUGUCUCCGGGCUACACUUUUAAUCACCCCCCCCCCCCCCUUCCUCCUCUUCCUCCGGCCGCUACAGGAGCAGGCAGCGGCUGUCCCGACCCCCAGCAUCUCGGCCCAGACAUGGGGGAAAUCAUCCAGCCGCGCCGCAUGUUCCUCUGGAGCAUGGCGGUUGUCUACCUGGCUGCUUUCGUGUCUCUCUACGCGCAGAUUCCAGGCCUCUACGGUAACGACGGGCUGCUGCCCGCCCGAUGGCAGCUGCGAUACAGCGGUAAGUCUGUGGGGGAACUGCUGCUGUCCUCUCCCACCCUGCUGUGGCUGGGACCUCAGCUCGGCGUGGACACGCACACCGCCAUGGAGCUUCUGUGCCUCGUCGGCGCAGCGCUCAGCCUCGCCGCCGUGCUGCUGGAGGCCCUCCGGGACAGCGUGGUGUUCUUCUGCCUCUGGGCCUUGUACCUGUCCAUGUUCCAGGUGGGCCAGGUUUUUCUCUACUUCCAAUGGGACAACUUGCUUCUGGAGGUUGGCUUCCUUUGUAUCCUGGUCGCCCCUCUGACGUUGAUCAGAGGGUCACGAGGGGUCAGAGAGCAUGAUCGUGUGACGUUCUGGCUGCUCCGCUGGUUGCUCUUCAGGCUCAUGUUUGCCUCUGGCGUGGUGAAACUCACCUCUCGUUGUCCCACAUGGUGGGGCCUCACGGCUCUGACGUACCACUAUGAGACUCAGUGUAUCCCCACCCAGCUGGCCUGGUAUGCCCACCAGUUGCCCGUGUGGUGGCAGAAGCUGAGUGUGGUGGGGACCUUGGUGAUUGAGAUCGCUGCACCUCUGCUUUUCUUCAGCCCGCUGCGCAGACUCCGGCUCGGGGCGUUUUACCUGCAGGUGUUGCUUCAAGUUCUCAUCAUUUUGACUGGCAACUACAAUUUCUUCAACCUGCUGACGUUAGCCCUGUGUCUCUCGCUUCUGGACGACCAGCACGUCAACUUCUGGCUACGCAAGGCAGACAAGAUCAGCAACACGGACUCCAAGCUGAGGUGCUGGUUGUGUUACCUGCUGGAGGUCGCAGUCUGGUCUCUCAUGAUCCUCGGAACGAUCGUAUGCUUUGACCUUAAGCCGAAUACAACAAAUAACGGCAUCUCGUCCAGGACAGCAUUCACAUACCACCAGUUUAACCAGUUUCUCAAGACUGUCACCAUCCCCUGCAUCUGGAUCGCGGUCCUCUCUCUUACCUGGGAGAUGGUGACCGCCAUGUUCAGGUGCGCGUGUGUCUCCGGUUUCCUGAAGAGGUUUUGGGGAACUUUGCAGUGGGCCGUGUUCGCCACUGCCACCGCUGCCAUGUUCACCAUCAGCCUGGUGCCCUUCACCUACAUCGAGUAUGACUCUAAUGCCAGGUUGUGGCCCGGAGUGCGUCGGGCUUAUGAGCUGGUGGAUCGCUACCAGCUGGUCAAUUCGUAUGGCCUGUUCAGAAGGAUGACCGGGGUCGGGGGACGGCCGGAGGUCGUCAUCGAGGGAAGCAACGACCAAGUCUCGUGGACGGAGAUCGAGUUCAUGUAUAAGCCAGGCAACCUAAGUGCGUCUCCUGCCGUGGUGACACCUCACCAGCCCAGGUUGGACUGGCAAAUGUGGUUUGCUGCGCUCGGGGAUCAGACCCAGGCUCCGUGGUUCACCAGCCUCAUGUACAGACUCCUGCAGGGAAAGACCGAUGUGAUCGAGUUGAUCCAGACAGACGUGUCUCAGUAUCCGUUCCACCAGCAGCCACCCGCCUACCUCCGAGCCCACCGCUACAGAUACUGGUUCACCGAACCAAAGGCUGACGGGUCCUAUCCGGAGCGUUGGUGGAGGAGGGUUUAUGAUGAGGAGUUCUAUCCUACAGUGCACCUGGGCAACGCCUUCCUGGAGAGCAUGCUCAAUCAGUAUGGACUCAAGGACAAAUCUGCUCCGCGUCGUAAGUCCCACACGGCUGUUGCUAAAGCGGUGAGGUGGGUGCGCUCUCAGGCCAGAGGCGUUCCUACAGACGUACUAAUCUGGACCCUCAUCGCCGGCAGCGCCACCCUGUGUCUACUCCAGGCGUUACAAAACCGGAACAAACACCCAGAAAGGAGACCGCUCACUCAGGAGGCCGUGGGGGAAAAUGACACCGGCGGCUCUGGUGACCAUUCUGGGAAGGCCAAUGAUCAGCAGACUGAGGAGGAGGAGGACGAGGAAGAGGAAGAGGACGAGGACGAGGACGAGGAAGAAGAAGAAGAAGAAGAAGAAAAUGGAGACUGCAGUGAAGAUGAGGGGGAGGAGGGCCACGGUGGUGCGAAAAACACUGUUGCUGAUGACGAAAAGGACUAGGCACAGGAGGAGGAGGUGGAGGAGAAGGUUUUGAAAAGAUUCAGGUAAACCCAUACAAAAAAAGAAAGCUAUCACCACUGUCCUUAAUGAAAUAUUAUCAAUUGUCCAAAGAAUUUUCUUUGUGUAUAUAUUUGUUAUUUACCUUCUCCCACCUACACCUUGCAGCAUUUCGUUUUUACAGGAAUCACUUGACUGUAAUCAAUCAAUCUACUCAGCCAAUCGAAUCACUUUGAAAAAGAGUGAACUGUGUUGAAGACGGCUUUUUGCAAGUUUUGCCUAUUCAGAGCGUUGUGGGUUUUAUGCUUUUUCAUUAGUUUCUUUCCUCACCUCUUGCUGUAUGUACUGAACUAAAACAAAUCUGCUUUUACUUUUUUGUUUUUGUUGGUUAAAAAGUAAACCCAUCGAUGUAAUAUUUUUACUUUUUUUUUUUUAUCACAAUAAAGUACAAUAAAAUAGAAA